AUGGCCGGUCCUGACGAUCCUCCGACAGGCAUGUAUCGCAAAUAUUUGCCAGACCUUAGCAUUCCGCGCUUCACCAUCAUGGCGCAGCAGGAUGCCCAUGUCUACGCCAAAGAGUUCAAGGAGAAGGGGAUCCCACCUUGGCUGCACGCACUGUGGCAGCAUUGGAGGAAACUGCUCGCCGAACCGUUCAAGGGCGUGACGAACGACGGUGUGGUACGGCCGGGGCUCUUUCCCAUACAAGACGAGGGCAUCCCAAUUGGCAACAUUGUCGAGUUGACGAAUAAGCUGCUGGGUAUGCUGGAUGCCGACCAGCUCGCGAAGCUCAGCUACCACAUCGAUUCACCGGAGUGGCGAACGUGGUCGAAUCCCGAGUUCUUGCUUGCUGACAAGGGCAUCCGGCUGGAUGAACUCACUCCGCAAGUACGCGAAGCAUGUAUGGACGUAUUGUCUGCGACCCUCUCGCCGGAAGGCUACCAUAAAGCCGUGUCAGCAAUGCGUAUCAACGGCUUCCUCGGCGAGCUUGUCAAUGGCACAGCAGUCUGCAACGAGUACAGCUACAAUUUUGUGCUGUUCGGAACUCCUUCGGAGACUGCGCCCUGGGGCAUCAGUUUCUACGGGCAUCAUCUGUGCCUCAAUAUACUCUUCUACCGGACGCAAAUCGUCCUCAGCCCGUGGUUCACAGGUGCGGAGCCCAACGAGAUCGAUGAGGGGCCAUACAAGGGGACCAAAAUCUUGAGAGUCGAGGAGGCGUUGGGUCUGCAGCUUAUGCAGAGCUUGAGUCCGGAGGUGCAGACCAAAGCACAGAUUUAUAAGCAAAUGAAGGAUCCUGCCAUGCCACCAGGACGGUGGAAUCGCGAUGAUCAGCGACACCUGUGCGGCGCAUACCGGGACAACAGGGUGGUGCCGUAUGAGGGCGUCCUAGUUUCAGAGCUGCCCGCUGAGGCACAAGAGCUGGUGAGCAAGAUCCUGGAAGAAUACUACCUCUUCUUGCCGGAGCAAGCGAGGCAGAUCAGGCUGCAACAGGCCAAGGAGUGGUUCAAGGAGACUUAUUUCUCGUGGAUCGGCGGGUUUGCGAGCUCGAGCGAGGUGUUUUACUACCGCAUCCAGAGUCCGGUGGUGAUUGUAGAGUUCGACCACCACAGCGGUGUCUUCCUGACGAACGAGCAUCCUGAGCGAUUUCACGUUCAUACGUUGCUGCGGACACCAAACGCAGGAGACUACGGAAUGGCUUUGAAGGCGGUACUUCCCGGUGAGGUUGAGCAGGCAUGGGUGUGGGAGGAAGAUCUGAAAUGA